AUGUAUGAAAUGUAUGGAAGCCCUAGUUACAGCCUUGACAGCGAUUUGUGCGUGGCAGAUGGUUCGACCAGGUGCUGUCCAAGUUGCGCUCUGCCUUUUUCACCAGGUAGAGAAGUGUUAAGCGCUUCAAUUUUUUGCCACCAUGAUGAAUUUAUUAAGAGGGGAAAUUGCCGCUUUGUAGGGCACCUUACGGAUGAGCAAUGGUGUAGUCAACCCAAUCUGACGCCACACAGGGCCAAGGAGGGCGCCCCUUUGGUGGCGGCCGGUGAGGAAAAGGGGGAAAUGCCACCAAGGGAGUCACUCAUCAGCAGACCGCUCCCCAGCAGGCCGCUCCCCAGCAGGCCACUCACCAUUUCGCGAAGAGAACCGCAUGUGCAGCCCGAUUCAGCGUCCACUUCACGAAAGCAAACACGACGGUGCCUCGCGGAGUUCAUCAACGUAGAGACAAGUCCAAAAGGAGAGAAAAAAGGAGACGCAGUAGGGGGGAAAUUCCAAAGAGGGUCGCCAAAUGAUUAUCUAGCGGGUAAGCAGAACAGGGAGGAGGGUGCCAGAAAUGUAUACAGGCAAGAACCGAGUGAGGGGUCCGGCUACGAGGUGGAAUCUGAGCCAAGUAAAGACGUAACCACAUCGUUAAAGUGGCUCUUUUUAAACAAAAAAAAAAAUAAAGGAGAGGAAAAUGUAAGGAACAACCUUUCGAAGAAUAUUGAGCAUACAUCAGAAUUUAUUGAAAAGUUCAACCCUAUGGAGAAGCCAACCCUCCCGCAUAUACUGGCCGACCAAAUGUUCAUAAUAACGAAAAAUUUACUGUCAACGAUGGAAAUUAAAGGAAAUGGAUUGGACAAAUUUAAGUACCAAAGUAUUUUGAUAUAUGAUUCAUUCGAAAAUUGUAAAGGGACUGUCCGUGCGCAGGUCUACAUACAGGACGUUUCUCCAUUUCGCAUAUUAACAAAAAAUUUUAUGAUAAACAAAUUGGGAAUGUUUUCCAUUUGCAUCGAAAUGGAAGAAGUGAAAUAUGCGGCCUUGUUAAAAGUGCAAAGCAACUUAAUUAAGCAGAUCACCCCACCAAAUGAAGCAAGCACAGUAUCUGCAUUCAACUGCGCCCUGGGGAAAUCAGCCAUGCUCAUGCCUGAAGAGAGCAAAGUGGGAAUUGUAGAAAAGAUUGGAGAAAAUUUGUCGCAAAAAAGCUACCCUUAUAACAUCCUGGGUAAAAUUUUGUGGAAAGAAAUAAAAAUAUUGGCAUGCUCUUCCAGCGAAAAUUAUAUCGUCAUCUUAGAAAUGAAUUAUAUAAUCGUCGUCAAUUCGCACCUCAACGCUGUACACGAAAUUAUUACUCACUUUUUGACCAAGCCGGUUGGGAUAUUUCUAGACAACCACAUUAUAUACGUCACGGACGCGGACAGGAAGAAUGUUUUCAGGUACAUGUCGGAGCAUAUACUCAAGACGACCGCCGCGUCGUUGGUCUUCCUCGACGGGAGUGAGCAGGGGGAAGGAGGAAACGGGGUGAAAGCUCCACCACCUGAGUACCACACUCCCGGCGAAACAAACGGGCGCCGCACCUACGCGAGGAAGAAAAAACGGAGCUACCUCUCCUCCCUGGGGAGGAUCUUCCUGGAAGAAAAAAGAAGCGACCAUACAGACUACUUAAUAAAUGGGGAAAGCUACCUAAUAACCCACCUGAGGGAUCUGUACAAAGUAAGGAGAUACAAAAGAAACGAGGCAAAACUGAAAGGGCUCCUGUCUAAAAGUGUGACAAUGGUUUACCCUGCAGGAAUUGUUGUGGAGAAGGAGAAGGUAUAUUUCGUAGACACGGCACUGCAUAUGCUAUUCUGCUUCUCCUUAAAAGAAAACAGAAUUGUUGAGACUUUUGGUUAUCUAAACGCUCCAGUCAUGAGCGACAAGGGGUUGAACAAGCCCUUUUCCUUAGCCCUAUUUCAUGUGACGAACUGGAAAAAGAGCCUCCUCUUUUUGAGCGAACUGUCCAGCUCUAGAAUCCUAAUAUUUGAAAUAAACAAAUCGAUCAAGCUAUACCUAACGUAUAGUGACCUCCCCCUUGACAUCGCCACCUCCAUUGUCGUGACGCCACAAUUUUUAAUCGUCUGCGGAUUAAAAAGAAGCAAAGAAAAUUAUGUGAACUACGUCACAUACGUAAAGAUCGAAGAGUUGUGCGAAUUUGAAAUUGCGUAUAACGAAUUCGAAUAUGCCCUGCAUUAUGGCCAAAUGGUAAAUAUGACUCCUCUGAAGAUGAGCAAAAAUAUUAAAAAGUUUACCCUUAGACAGUACGAAAAUAAAACCAAUCAAAAUAUAGACACUGGGUUGAAUAUAAACAAACACAGCGGAAUGAUAAGUGGGAAGGUAAAGAUCUCCGCGUGGUUCCACAUGGAAAUUGUCGUUUACGAUUACUUCAAGAAAAUCACCCUAAACUUUCAAAACUUUAUCUCUUCAUGUCCGAAGGGAUUCUUUUUUGAGUCAAAAAAUUGCGUCCCUUGUCCUAUAGGGCACUACACUACAUUUGCCGAUAGACUCAAAUGCACCAGUUGUGAGAGCUACAAAAAAAAUUCUACCACCUCUUACACGGGAUCUAUAUCCAGAAAUGAGUGCUUGUGUAAAGCUGGGUACUACUUGAAGGACAAUAAAAGGUCCUGCGUAAAAUGCCCAGCAGGAUACUAUAAAGACCAAGUUGGGGAUUUCAAAUGUCAGUCUACAUGUGAAAAUAUGAAAGCAAGUAUUGUCGAAGGAGCAGCUAGCUAUGAAGAAUUAAAGUGUGCAUGCAAAGAUGGCUACUAUACAGAUGCUCAAUCCAAAUGUGUUCUGUGCCACUUGAACAACUAUUGCAUUUACAACCCAAACGCGCCCAUCUACAAAGCGGAUGUUAUCCCAUGUAAGGAACACAUGGUAACUUUAAAAAGGGGAUCCACUUCCCCUAAGGAGUGUAUCUGCUCCGUUGGCUAUUACUACGAAAAGGAAACAGACACAUGCAAGCCAUGUUCAUAUGACACGUAUAAACCAAACCAAGGCAAUGAGGAGUGCACACCCUUUGUAACCAACCCGGUAUCCACACAAGAAUUUCUGCCCAACGAAAAUUACAUUGAACAUUCAAAUGUGUUCUUAAGAAAAACGUCAAACGUUAUUAUUUCCCCCAAGAAAGGGAACUCCUCUUUCCGUAGUGCUAAUUUUUGCGAAACUGGGUACUUCUACAGCAAGAAUAAGUCCAUUUGUUCCAUUUGCAGGUACAAUGGCUACUGCAAAGGGCUCCACAAUGCAGUUACUGUGUGCCCCAAAAAUUCAGUCACCGUCAAGUUGAAGAGUGUCACGUCUCUAGACUGUUUAUGCGAAAAGGGAUAUGGGCGAAUAACCAUUAACAAGCACAAGUUAUUCAACAUAUUAUGUGUGCCUUGUCCGUACAACACUUUCCAGCCUCACCACUCCUCUGGCGAAUGCAUUCCUUGCCCUGCUUACACGUUUACCAUUUCUGUAAGGUCUACGUCCAUCACGGAUUGCUUGCCUCAAAAUGGAUACUACAACAUGUUCUUUCAGUAUAUAUACCAUCAUUCGAUGGAGCGCCUCGUGCAAAAUGUGCCUCGUUUUUUGCAGCAGUACCGUCACUACUUGAGCGGUCAGUACAGGGAGGGUAGGGAGGCGCAUCUGCGGGGAGGGCAGCCAAGUGGGGGUAGCCAUAUCGACCACGUGUGUGAAGUACCUAAUGAAGACAGUCCCCUAUCACUGCACCAUCUCACUCGAAAGAUGACCCGGGGGGGAAAAACCCAUGGGGAUCACGAGGAAGAUCAUCACAACGCACAGUGGAAGCGGUACGACAAGCCACACAGCACAAGUGGGUACAAAAAAGACCUCGCUAAAGCGAGAAUGCCCAAAAUUAGUAACAGCAUACGCAACUUGAAGGGAACGUACAGCAACGCGUUUUACACGAAUUACCUCAAAAAUGUGAUUCUCAUGGAUAGUUCAAAAAUGGGCCGUUUUAUUCAGCAGGAGGGCUCCAUAUUUUCGCUAGCUAACUCCCCAGCAGGGGAGGUCUACCCUGGGGGAAUUCCUAAGGACCAGCGUGAGCCACGUCAGGAAGACACCAAAGGGGCACCUCCAAAAGGGGAAAGCAUACUAAUGAAAGAUGGAACGGAGCACUCCCCUGUAGUGCCCACCGCUGAAGAAGCGGCGUCAAACGCACCCGAUGAUAGAAAUUCAUAUUUAAAAGGAAAAGCUCUACUGUCAGAGGAGAUGAAAGCAGAUGUACGCAAAUUCAACUUCAUAGCAGAGAAGAAGAACGACAUACUGACGAUGAUCAAGACGAGGGAAGAAACCUACAUCGAAAAUAGGCGAAAGGAUAUAUCUUACGAGUGCUACGAAAUGGAAAGGGCAAUAAUUAUACAAAAAAAUGUAUACGUAUCUACCAUCCCCGAAAAUGAUCUCAUAAGUUGCCUUAACACAUGCAUCUCGAACAUAUACUGCACAGGGAUAGAAAUGGAUAGAACAGUUGGCCACGGAAAGACGGACUUAUUGUUCUUCCUAAACAGAAGUGAUGGGACGAAAAUGCUCCACUUUUUCAAAUGCCAUUUGUAUUUUUAUGAGGAAAUUGAGUCGUACUAUAAAAAGGAAAAUUUGAAAAGAGUAGAAGAUAUACAACAGUAUGAUGAUGCGGAUAGGAUAACCGGCUGCAUAGUUCAAAAGAACGAAAUGCUAAAAUUGUGGAAGGUGUACAAUUUUGAUAUAUGUCCAAAUAACUAUUAUUGUCCUGAAAAAUCAUUUAAAAAGAAAAAGUGCCCCUUAAAUUCAGUUAAAAAAAACUUCCAGGGAACUAUCGAAGAUUGCCUCUGCUCUCCGGGGUACUCUUUGCAGAAAAAUUUAAACCUUUGCGUACCAUGUGAGAAGGGAACGUACAAGGAUUCUACAUCGAAUGGCAAGUGCGUCAAGUGUCCUCUUAACUUAACCACUUCUUCGGAAGCUUCUAGUUCCCAGUACGAUUGCGUUUGCAGAGAAGGCUACUAUUUUCAGGGGCGCUUCAGCAUGAAAUUGGUAGACUUAAAAAUGGAGCGAGCCAUGAUUGAAGGGAUUAAAAAAACGAAAGAGAACAAAAUUUCAUCUCUACCAAGUGGGCAAAACAAAGUGGAGGGUCUUUUUUUUCAAGUGAAGUCACCACGAAGGAGGCAAAAAUUUGCCAAAAUGGUGCAACCACUUUUAGGGGAAAGUCCGCAGGGGACGACCAGAGAAAGGGAACCCCCAAGGGGUGACAACACAAGUGUGAUUGAAGAAAAUGAUGUGAUUUCCACACUCGAGAGAAGCUUCACCCAAAUGGGGGAUACCCCGGUACAUGUUUCGCAAACCCCGCAUGCAGUGCAAAAACAUUAUAAUGCACUCCCCAGUGUGGAUUUUCUUUCCAACAAAUCUGAUGACAGAGUGGACGGUUUACUCUACGGGACGUGCAUUAAAUGCCCCGAUAAAAUGUUCUGUCCAGGCUUUUGGUAUACAAAUUUCGAAAGGGAACUUCAUCACCCUCCUAUAUUUUGCCCCAAGGGAUCUGUCGUACCUAAGACGACCUUAGAAUCGACGGACGUGCACAAGUGCAUAUGCGGCAAAGGGUACAGCAUAAAUGUGCAAAAUGGCCACCACAUCAGAGGCAGCGAUGGAAGUGACGGGAGCGACGGGAGUGACGGAAGCGGCGGCAACGGCAGUAGCAGCGAGAUGUGCGUGAAGUGCCAAGAGAGGUACUACAAAGACGUUGUGGAUAAUUCCCCCUGCGCUGGCCUAUGCAUGGAGUUUUCGACCUCCUUCCAAGGAUCUAUCAGCAAAAAACAGUGCUUUUGUGCCAGGGGCAAAUACAUGAUACAUGAGUCCUCCCACGAAAUGAAGUGCGUCAACUGUUCCAAAGGGGCCCUAUGCAUUGGUGGUCUGAAAUACAAGUCGCUUAAAAAUUUAAUCCAAGACUCGAGCUACACAGACAUAGAGAUUGACGAUCAUGUUACUCCUUUCCCUCAGAAGGGGUACUUCGCCACCUUUGAAUUAAAACAUGAAGAUUUCGCGUGGUCCCCCCUGAACUCGCUAAAUCUGCAGAUAAAUAAUUACGAUAAGGGGGAUAUCAUAAUUAGGAACAAAAUUGCUAAGCAGCUAUUUGGCCGACGGAUAAGCCAUCUUACUGUAGAGAGGAGUGACCCGAAUGGUGGGAUAACGAACCACAAAAUGGAGCUCAAAUCAGGAAGAGAAAAAAAACUUGAUUACCCCCCCAGUAAAGAAAGCAUCUCACUAGUCGAAGCAGGCAUAACGCAUAUCCUAGUUAACGAAAAAUUGGAGAAGCUAAAAUACAAAAAUGAGUACCUAACUGUGGAGAGAAUUCCAGACUUCCAUUUGUGCCCAAUUAGUAAAAGGUGCGUAGGGGGGGUAGACAAUAUGUGCGCCCACGGGUCGGAAGGGUACUUAUGCAACAACUGCUCAAAGGGAUAUGACACGAUUUACUUUAGAUCCCAAUGCUUUAAAUGCAAAAAGACAAAAACGGAACUGAUGGAUUUAUUGGCUAGGAAAAUAUUUUUCUACAUGAUAGUAUUCUUUUUAAUAUAUUUAAAUUACUUCUGCUAUGUGAAAAGGAACUUUGUAUUUAUAGGCAUAUUCAAAAUAUGGUACUUUUUCAUCAUCUGCUUUUUGCCCUACAUCCACAUAGUAGAGUCCAACCAUAACUCGCUGCCAAACCAUCUGUUCUACUUCCAGUUCUUUAUCACUCUCCCUAUGAGAUUCCUCACCCAUUAUUUGAAGCUUAACUGCUUCGUGAAUUCGUAUAGCAACCAGCAGUAUAUACACAUAUGGUACAUCCAGAGGUACAUCAAAAUCGCGGAGCCCAUGAUUGAUUGCGCUGUGUUGACUGGCGUCUUCUUAACCAUCUACCUGGUGUACACUCGGCUCAAGGGGAAGCAAAUUAGCACCGUGGAAAAGGUCAUUGCCAAGCAGAUUAACAAAGUGCACUCCAGGGGGUACUACCAGCACCGCUCCGACUUCUACUACCAGUACUACCAAAAGCACGUUAUUGACACGAUUAACGAUAAGAAGGCGAAGGAGGAUUGGUGGUCCAGGAAGUGGGCCAAUGCCUCCUUCGAGCGGGAGCAGUCCUCCUGUGGGGAGGCGGCAAAGGGGAAGGUGGCAAAAAAGCCUCCACACGAUAGCAGCACAAUGGGCGGAAACACCACACAGUGCGGCAGCAGCGCCGAGCUGUCCACCUCCGGCGACUCGCUGCGCGCCGGGAAAGUGGCGAAGAAGGAACUAUCCUCCAGCAACGAGAAUCUGUACAAUUUUGACGAAGAGUUCUUGCCUAGGGAUGCUUCAAAUUAUUGUCUGAAGGAAAACAUAGCAAAGGAUAAAUACUGGACGUACAUGUGCGCGCUUAAUAUCUACAACAUUAGGGCCUUUGGCUUAUUUCGCUACAUACACCCGUCUAGUAUCAGCACGUUUAGUAGAUUAAAACGAAUUCUCUCCGAUUUGAAAGUCCUCUACAUCAUCGUUUUGUAUAUAUACUUCCCAUUUACCCUUAUUAGCCUGUUAGAGCUGGUGUGGUGCCAGCCAGUAAAGUACAAGAAUAAGGCACCCAUUCUCAUUCUCUACCACAUGCCUUCCCAAGUGUGCAAUUGGAAGAAUCAAUUAUUUGCAUCAGGAGUGAUUUUCUCUUCCGUUUUCUUCCUCAUGUAUUUACUUUUAUUUAUCCUUUCGUUUUAUGGCACUUUGAAGAAUUUUAAAAUAUUUGGCUCGUAUGCAAAGAGAGUGCGGAGCUACUUCCUCUUCAAUGGGUACAAUUACCAGAACCGGUGUUGGGACCUCUUCAACGUGGUCAAGGUGAUGUUCGUGGCCAUUUCCUUCACUUGUCAAUUGUACACCAAGAGGAGUCACAACGCCAAGUAUUUCAUCUGCUGCUGCAUCGUGUUUAUCCUAAUCACAGAAGUGACUCUCAUUUUGAUGUACUCUCCUUACGACAAACGGUCGAAUAACAUUUUGCGCAAGUUAAGUUUGUUAUCUACCUUUUCCAUAUUGAUAACGUAUCUGAGUGUCCAAUUCAGUUUUUUCUUUAAUUUCCCCAUCACGAAUGCUUUGCCGUUCGUUUUAUUUGUCUACUUUCACCUCUACAUGGGCAACAAGAUUGUACUAGAGUUUGCCAUUUACAGGAAUAUUUUCAAGAGGAAGGAGGAGAAAGAGGAUCAGCAGGACGCAGGGAGAGAAGCAGAGGGGUUGCUGAAUGAGCAGUCCUUCUUCAACUUUGCAAAGCAGAAGAGUAGCCAGAAUGGGGUCCCCCUCGGCCUCCACGCAGAUGAUGGGGACGGAAGUGUGCCGCAGAACGGUUGCAGCGACGGGGGGGAGAAGGGAAAAAAAAAAACUUCCUUCCCGUUCUUCCCGCUCUCCUCUCCGUACCCGUCCAUCUUCCGCCACUGCAACCUGUGCGACCUCCUCCUACGCGCGAAUAACAUCCCGUUUUAUUCCAUCCUUUUCAACGAGCAGGGGGAGGAAAUUUUCAUAUUUGAAAAGGGGCCCACCAAAUGUAAGUACGAAGAGAUUGUGAAAAAGGUAAAAAUGAACACCACGGAGAGGUCCCAAACGGGGGUAAUAAGCCUAGAUUUGCUUUACUACAAUAUUAGGGACCCCUCCAGACAGUCCCUCUCCAAUGUUAACUACGUAGACCUGAACAAGUCGACCACGAACUGGUCUCAACUUAUGGGUGAAGGAAAACUAUCCAAUAAUUAUGAAAAAUUUUGGAAGAGAGAAAAAGAGUACCCCAGGGAGGGGGACAACUACCCACAUGGUGAAGUAGAUAAAGAAAAUUCAAGACGGGCCAUCCCACCAAUUAAUAUAACUCAUUUUAUAAAUUGCCUAAUUGAAGCCAUCAACAUUCUGUUCGUUAAUCAGUCGUAUAACCAAAUAAGCGUAGAAUGGAUUAGCUUCGUUACGAGAUUUUCCAUCUGCUUCAUACACUGGAUGAAGAACCACGACGAGAACUUAGUGAAUCUAGUCCCGGUUAAUAAGAAGCAAUUCGAAAUGAAGAAAAGAAAUCUGCUAUUCUAUUCCCUUUUCAGUUCCUACGCAGAAGUUUAUUCUCUCCACUCCACCAUUGGUGAUAAUAACAAAUUUGAGGAAUUCAAAAAGAAUUUCGUACAGGCGGAAAAUUUGGAACAAUUUUACAUCUACCUGAAUGAAGCAAACAAGAAGAGCCCCGGGGAAAAACCCGCUUACAGACAAAGUGAUGAUGAAGAAAAAUCCGACUGUUACACGCCUCUUAACUUUCUAGAUGAUGAAUUUUACAGAUGUGAGCAAGACAUAAUUAAACUACUUUUUGAUGAAAAUAUUUUUAAAAACUUGUCCAUCUCCAUCGUGGAAUUCUUCUUCUCAAUUUAUAUGAUUCAGUUUAUCGAAAGUAAGCGCCUCUCCAUUUUGAUCUUCCUCUUCUGCGAAAAAAAAAACUACUUGAGUAGGGAAAAGCAAUUCCUAAAAAUGAUCGAAGCGAGGAAAAAGGACAUCCAACUUAUUAUGUACUCGCAGAACAACAAGCAAAUGUACGAUUUUGUGGAAAAUAAUUAUCUGAAUGAGUACAAUCGGGGUUUACGAAAGAAAAUAAAAAAACUACAAAACUUAAUCAGGAAGAAGGAGAAGGCCGCUCUCAAACAGGAAGAGGUGAAGAGCGUCACGCGUGUGCAGGGAAAUAAGGCCAACAAAAUCAGCAACGCGAAUGCGUACUUCGUCCAGACGCUGAAGAAGCUCCUCGACGAUUCCUCCGCCACCGCGCGCAGGCACACGGGCGGCGCAAAGAGAAACCCCCACGAGAGAGCGCCCCAGUGA